GCGUUCCUCUGCAGCCCUUCCCUCAUCCGCCAUCACCGCCGCCCUUUGCAGCAGGAGGACCCAUGGAAGCUUUAAUGUUAGUGGGGACCCAUGUGGACCCAGGAGCCAGAGAGAACUGAGUCCCAUCUGGGGGCGGGGCGCACCUGGGCUCCGCCUUGGGGCGGGGUCGACGCCGCGUCGCCAGCGCGCUCGGCCGCACCUGGUUCAGCGGCGCCUCAGCAGCUUUAUUAGUAACAGCAGCAGCGGCGGCGGCAACCCGGAUCGGGGUGGCAGAGGCUCGGCAGUAGCGCAGCGCAGCGCAGCGCAGCGCAGCCCAGCCCAUCAGAGCGUGCGGACCCGGGCGGCCGUAGCCCCGGCGUCGCCAUGGUGGAAGCGGCGCCCGCAGGGUCCGGGCCACUGCGGAGGACUUUCCUGGUCCCCGAGAUCAAGUCAUUGGACCAGUACGAUUUCUCUCGAGCCAAGGCGGCGGCGAGUCUGGCGUGGGUGCUGCGGGCCGCAUUCGGGGGAGCAGAGCAUGUGCCCCCGGAGCUGUGGGAACCCUUCUACACCGACCAGUACGCACAGGAGCACGUGAAGCCCCCAGUGACGCGGCUGCUGCUCUCUGCGGAACUCUAUUGCCGGGCCUGGCGCCAGGCACUGCCACAGCUCGAGCCAUCCCCCAGCCCCUCCGCUCUGCUGGCCUUGCUGGCGAGGAGGGGCACGGUGCCUUCGCUGCCUGAGCACCCAGUGCGCGAGGCUGACCUGAAACACCAGCCGAUUCUCAUGGGAGCCCACCUAGCUGUCAUCGAUGCUCUCAUGGUUGCCUUCUCAUUUGAGUGGACAAAGACACUGCCUGGUCCCUUGGCUCUGAGCAGCUUGGAGCACAAACUCCUUUUCUGGGUAGACACAACUGUUCGGCGGCUGCAGGAGAAGACGGAACAAGAAGCGGCCCAGCGUGCAUCUCCUGCAGCCCCUUUGGAUGGGGCUUCUCCUGCCCAGGCCUCGUGCCCCACACGCUGGUACUGGAAGCUGGUUCCUCACGCAAUUGCCUUCUGUUUGAAGGAGUCGGGGAACAAACCCCCUAUGAUUCGAUACCGCAAGGACCGUGCCAUUGCCCGAAGGGCUCCCUGCUUUCCAAAUGUGACUACCCUUCAGGACCUGGCCAGUGGGGCAGCACUGGCUGCCACCAUCCACUGCUAUUGUCCCCAGCUAUUACGACUUGAGGAGGUGUGCCUCAAGGACCCCAUGUCUGUGGCAGACAGUCUAUACAACCUCCAGCUGGUGCAAGACUUCUGUGCCUCCCAUCUUCCUCGAGGCUGCCCCCUGUCCCUUGAAGACUUGCUGUAUGUUCCACCUCCCCUCAAGGUCAACCUGGUGGUGCUGUUGGCUGAGAUGUACAUGUGCUUUGAGGUUCUGAAGCCUGAUUUUGUGCAGGCCAAAGACUUGCCGGAUGGACAUGUAGCUGUCUCCCCUCGGAAUACUGAGACUGUUCCAUCUCAGAACAACAGUGGCAGCAGUUCUCCUGUCUUCAACUUCCGUCACCCGCUUCUGUCACCUGGUGGUCCCCAGUCCCCACUCCGAGGAUCCACAGGUUCCCUGAAGUCCUCUCCAUCAAUGUCUCACAUGGAGGCUCUUGGCAAAGCCUGGAACCGUCAGCUUAGCCGUCCCCUCUCCCAGGCUGUGUCGUUCAGCACUCCCUUUGGCCUGGACAGCGAUGUGGAUGUCGUCAUGGGAGAUCCUGUCCUGCUCCGCUCCGUCAGCUCAGACAGUCUGGGUCCCCCACGUCCUGUGUCGACAUCAUCCCGGAAUUCUGCUCAGCCACCCCCAGAAUCUGGAGACCUACCCACGAUUGAAGAGGCCCUGCAGAUCAUCCACAGUGCUGAGCCCCGACUGCUCCCUGAUGGGGCUGCUGAUGGCAGCUUCUACCUCCAUUCUCCUGAGGGUCUCUCCAAACCACCACUCUCCCCCUACCCUCCCGAAGGAGCCUCAAAGCCUCUGUCUGAUGGGCUCAACAAGGCGCCCAUCUAUAUAUCACACCCUGAGAACCCUUCAAAACCAUCUCCCUGCUCAGCAGGAGAGAUACUGAAACCACCCCCCCCAUCCGAGGGGUCCCCCAAAGCUGUGGCUUCAUCCCCAGCAGCCAACAACUCCGAAGUGAAGAUGACCAGUUUUGCUGAACGCAAGAAACAGCUGGUGAAGGCCGAGGCUGAGUCAGGAAUGGGGUCUCCGACAUCCACCCCCGUAGCACCCGAGGCCUUGAGCUCAGAGAUGAGCGAGCUGGGAGCCAGGCUGGAGGAGAAGCGCCGAGCCAUAGAGGCACAGAAGCGACGCAUUGAGGCCAUCUUUGCCAAGCACAGGCAGAGGCUGGGCAAGAGCGCUUUCCUGCAGGUGCAGCCUCGGGAGGCUGCAGGGGAGGCCGAGGAGGAAGCUGAGCUGGGCUCAGUUCCUGGUGGGGAACGGCCAGCAGGUGAGGGCCAGGGUGAGCCGUCCUCCUCACGGCACAAGUCAGUUACCUUCUCUCCAGAUCUGGGCCCGGUGCCCCCAGAGGGACUUGGGGAUUACAAUAGAGCAGUCAGUAAGCUGAGUGCCGCUCUGAGCUCUCUGCAGCGGGACAUGCAGAGGCUCACAGACCAGCAACAGCGGCUUCUAGCCCCUCCAGAAGCUCCUGGACCUGCCCCACCACCUGCAGCCUGGGUCAUUCCUGGACCUGCCACUGGGCCUAAAGCAGCAUCCCCCAGCCCUGCCCGUCGUGCCCCAGCUGCCCGACGCAGCCCUGGCCCAGGCCCUAGCCCAACACCCCGUAGUCCAAAACAUGCAAGGCCGGCAGAGCUGAAGCUUGCACCUUUGACAAGGGUACUCACACCACCCCAUGACGUAGACAGCCUCCCUCACCUACGCAAGUUUUCACCCAGCCAGGUGCCUGUACAGACUCGCUCCUCGAUCCUCCUGUCGGAGGGGACACCUCCUGAGGAGCCCGCCACCAAGCCUGCCCUCAUUGAGAUCCCCCUAGCCAGCCUGGGGGAGCCUGCUGCUGAUGAAGAAGGAGAUGGGAGCCCCCCUGGGGCUGAGGAUUCCUUAGAGGAAGAGGCAUCUUCUGAGGGAGAGCCCCGGUCGGGGCUUGGAUUCUUUUAUAAGGACGAAGAUAAGCCUGAGGAUGAGAUGGCUCAGAAGCGAGCUAGCCUGCUGGAGCGUCAGCAGAGGCGGGUAGAGGAGGCCCGGCGGCGCAAACAGUGGCAGGAGGCAGAGAAGGAGCAGAAACGGGAGGAGGCGGCCAGGCUGGCUCAGGAGGCUCCAGGCUUGACCUUUACAGCCCCUGUAGCCUCUGCUGCUCCAGUGGCCACCUUGGCUCCUGCUACCAGAGCCAUGGCCCCAGCUGAGGAGGAGGUGGGCCCCCGGCGGGGGGACUUCACAAGACUUGAGUAUGAACGCCGGGCACAACUGAAACUGAUGGAUGACCUUGAUAAGGUGCUACGGCCCCGGGCCUCAGGGACCGGACCAGGGCGGGGCGGGCGCAGGGCCACCCGGCCACGCUCUGGUUGCUGUGAUGACUCGGCCUUGGCACGAAGCCCAGCCCGCGGCCUGCUGGGUUCACGGCUCAGCAAGGUCUAUUCCCAGUCCACGCUGUCCCUGUCUACGGUGGCCAAUGAGGCUCCCAAUAACCUUGGUGUGAAGAGGCCCACCUCUCGGGCCCCUUCUCCAUCAGGCCUCAUGUCUCCAAGCCGCCUGCCUGGCAGUCGAGAGCGUGACUGGGAGAAUGGAAGCAAUGCAUCCUCCCCAGCAUCAGUGCCUGAGUACACAGGUCCCCGGCUAUACAAGGAACCCAGCGCCAAGUCUAACAAGUUUAUCAUCCACAAUGCCUUGUCACACUGCUGCCUGGCAGGCAAGGUGAAUGAGCCCCAGAAGAACAGAAUUCUAGAGGAAAUCGAGAAAAGCAAGGCCAACCACUUCCUGAUUCUCUUUCGGGACUCAAGCUGCCAGUUCCGGGCCCUCUACACUCUGUCUGGGGAGACAGAGGAGCUGUCGAGGCUGGCAGGCUAUGGGCCCCGUACUGUCACUCCUGCCAUGGUCGAAGGCAUCUAUAAGUACAACUCAGACCGCAAACGGUUCACCCAGAUCCCUGCCAAGACCAUGUCUAUGAGUGUGGAUGCCUUCACUAUCCAGGGACACCUUUGGCAAAGCAAGAAGCCCACCACGCCCAAGAAAGGCGGCGGCACCCCCAAAUAGUGCCCACCUUGGGCAGUGUACUCCUGGGUCCUGUCUGGUCAUGCUGUGGGGGGCUGAGCUGGGAGCUUCAGUGACUCAGGGCUCAGCUCAGUCCCCUUGUCUGUCCUCCACUUUCUUGAAUAAAAUAACUGAGAAGAGAAGCCGAGACGCGGUGUCUCCUCCUAAGCCUGA